AUGGUUGUAAAAGUAGGCAUUAAUGGUUUUGGCCGAAUAGGUAGAAUAUUGUUCAGAACUUGUUUUGAUAAUUCAAAUAUUGAGGUAUCUGCUAUUAAUGAUCCUGCUAUAGAUGUGGAAUACAUCUGUUAUUUAAUAAAAUUUGAUUCAACACAUGGAAAGUUUAACGCAACUAUAGAGUCAUAUAAGGAUGACAUAAAAAUUAAUGGCAAUUUAAUAAAAAUAUUUCACGAGAAACAGCCAGCCGCCAUACCGUGGCAAUCUGCUGACGUGCAGUAUGUAAUUGAAUCAUCGGGAAUGUUCACUAGUCUAGAAAAGGCGUUGGGUCAUCUAUCGGGCGGAGGCGUGAAGCGAGUUGUGGUCACUGCGCCAAGCAUUGACGUUCCUAUGAUAAUACUUGGGGUGAAUGACGAUAAACUGCAUCCAGAUCAAAAAGUAAUAUCGUGUGCUUCGAGCACUCUCUACUGUUUAGCGCCAAUAAUGAAAGUUCUAGAGAAUGACUUCGGUGUCGCAGAGGGAUUUGUUACAAGCAUUCAUGCUAUGACGCCUUCUUUAAAACCCUUGGACGGUCUAUGUUUAAGAGGAAAGCACUGGCGAGAUCACAGAAGCAUUAAUCAGAACAUAAUACCAGCGACUACAGGUGCUUGCAAAGUGCUGGGAAAAAUACUACCGCAAUCUAAAGACAAAAUGGUCGGGUUGGCUUUUCGAGUCCCCAUUGUCAAUGUAUCUGUACUCGAUUUAACGAUUCGAUUAAAUAAAGAUACAAAAUUACAAAACAUUGUUAGAAGUGUAGAGAAUGCAAGCAAAACUUAUUUGAAGGGUAUAAUAAAUAUAUCGAAUGAAGAAGCAGUCUCAUCUGAUUUUAACAGAGAUACUCAUUCUUGCAUUUUGGAUGUCAACUCGAGUAUGCAGCAUAAACCUAAUUUUUUUAAACUUGUUUGUUGGUAUGAGAAUGAGUUUUCAUACGCAUGUCGCGUGAUCGAUUCAAUAUUUUUCUCUGAAACACAAUAUAAUCAAAAUAUUAAAGAAACGAACCUAAACUCUCUUGUAACUAAGCAAAAGCAUUUGACACGGGAAUCACUUGAAUAUCUUAGACAACCCCAUGUUAUUGGUGAUAACUGUACCACAGAUACUCUUCCAAAUGUACUGAGAGAUGUUUCUAAAAGCAUAGACUUUAAGAUGAAACCACGGUAUAGCCAAAUAUUUCGAAAGAGGCCAUUAUCAUCCCAAAUAUCUGUGAUAAAUCAAUCGACACUAACUGAUUGGAAGACGAAAAACAGAAGUGAUAUAUUUAAAACAAUAGACUACGAUGAAAUAACUGAUAAACCUGCUUCGAAACACAAUAAGAAAUCAUUUUACAAAAGUUGCAUCUCAUUAAAGUUGCCAAGUCCUGAUCGAAAUGACACUAAAAUGGUCCGAAAUGGUCUGGAGAAUGUUAAGAGAGAAUUUAAUAAAGUAGUGAAUAUCACAGAAGAAUUGCUUAAAAAAUCAAAAGAGCAUCAGUUUAAUAGGUUGAAGACUAUUUCUAGUGAGAGUAAAAUAGAAUAUAAUUUGAACGAAUUACAGAAAGAACCAGACCUUAUACAAAGGAACUUGAACAAUGAUAACAUAUUUAUUAAAAAUUAUACAAAAUUGCAGACGGACAAUUUAAUUGAAUAUAAGUAUUUAAAUGAUGCAAAUAAAAACGAAGUAACACUAAAUUCUGAAGCAAUAAGUCUUAAAAGGGUUGAUAAAACUUUGACAAUUGAUAAGACUAUUGAUAAGAUAGAAUGUAUUGAAGGUGAAGAUGGAAUAGGGUUUCAAGAGGAAAAUAAUAUUCAUGUCAAAACUUUAUACGACUUUUGUGAAACAGUUACAAGAUGUACUUCGAGUGAGAUUAUUUCUGAACGAGCAAUAGAUGAGCUACAAGAAUAUAAAACAAAAAAUAAUAUUCAAGAAACUAGUUUUCAUGAAAUAACUACCAGUCCUAUUAAUGUGAUGAGUCAUGAGUGCGAUUUAAGUACGAUGAAUAAAAGUGAAAAACAAAUUCAAGAGCAAUAUUUAGAUGAUCAAAGUUUGAAGGUAAGAAACACAAUUACUAGUGGAGAUGGUAUUACUACGGUAUUGGAAAAUAAAAAUACAGCAAAUGUAUUUGAAACUGUUAUAUUAAGACAUACUGAAGAUAACAAAACAGAGCAAAACGAAAAUAAGGCUUUACGAAGAAUUGUUGAUGAACAAAAUGAUUUAGUUCUAAAACAAGUAACAUCUAGAAAUAUAUUACUGCGCCCAAGUCAAGAAACAACAAACAUAUCAAUAAAUAAGAUGAUGACCGAUGUAAACGAAAGGAAUGAUGAUAUCUAUGAUAAACUGGAUAGCACAAGUGCAACUAAUUCAGACAAUUCAUUUCAUAUGGAUGAAAAACAAUCACAAGUUAUUAAUAUAAAUGAUUUAACAAAUUCCUUAGAUGAUUUGUCACGCUUGGAAAAGAUUUGUAGAAUUAUUGAAAUUUCCGAUGACCUGUCAAAUCAAUUAUUUUCUACAUUGCAAGAACAUGAUACUACCAAAAUGAAAAAUAAAAAAUGGUCUUUUAAAGAUCUUUGUGAAAAAAUUCAACUGGAUGAUUUUUGUAACAAAGUGUUCAAUCAAACAAAUAAGUAA